UUGAUCAUGAGUGUGGCACUGGCCGCGAUGGAGACGGCCUACGGCCUGCGCCUGGGGCUCGGCGCCCACCCCCAUCUCCUCCAGCACCUUCACACCCACCACCAGCAGCGGUCGCCAUCCCCGAGUGCUGCCCACCAGCCCACCCAGAACCUGGACAAUCCCCUGCGGUUCAGCGUCGUCAACAUCCUCAGACCCGACUUCGGCCGCGACGCAAUCAUCAGCAAAUCGACAUCGCGAACCGCGAGCCUGUCGCCGGUUCAACUGUCGCACCCCAGUCCGUCGUCGUUGCCGAGGGACUUGAGUGUGUCGAGCCGUCUCGUGUCCCCCCAAUCGCCCGCGGUACACCGCGACUCCGAGUCCUUCUCCGGCUCGACAUCGCCACUUCAAAGGCACUCGGCCCUAAGUAGAAGCGGAAGUCUCGAGAGUCUUGCAAGCAACCGCAGCUCGGUAACAGGCUCCUUAACCGGAACACCCUCGUUGUCGUCGGCGGCAUCCACCAUCGGUGCCGAAUCUGUCAGCGGUGAUAGCAUCAUCGGAAGUGCUUCACAAACAAAUACCACUUCCGGUGGGGGCCAGAGCUUGUGGCCCGCGUGGGUUUAUUGUACCCGAUAUUCCGAUCGUCCAUCAUCAGGGCCCAGAACGAGACGAGUGAAACGCGCACCGAGUGAGAAGACUCUGGCGCCCGAGGAGAAGCGACCGAGAACUGCCUUCAGCGGGGAACAACUGGCCAGGCUCAAGAGCGAAUUCACGGAGAAUCGGUAUCUCAACGAGAGGAGACGCCAGCAGCUCUCGCGAGAGCUCGGACUCAAUGAGGCGCAAAUCAAGAUUUGGUUUCAGAACAAGCGGGCGAAGAUCAAAAAAUCCACGGGGCAAAAAAAUCCACUGGCCCUGCAGCUCAUGGCCCAGGGGCUGUACAACCACACGACUGUGCCGGUGGAUGAGGAGGGGGAGGAGCUCAACGCCGGGUUCCAACAAUGA